AUGAGAGGAUCCAUCGCUUUUUUGUGUUGCUUGGCAGUAGCUAGUGGUUUUGUCCUCAAGUUCGACGACGAAGUGCAAUGGCGAGCAUGGAAAUCUUUUCACGGCAAAGCCUACUCCACCGAAAGCGAGGAAGCUGCGCGGAAAGCAAUUUGGAAAGACAACCUCGGGGUAAGAAACGGUUCAUUUUGUGAAAUUCCUCCUUAAGCGGACUGAACCACUUUUCCCUCUUUCGCGUCUCGCUCAUUAAAUCAUAAAUUACUCACUGAAAGCUUUCACUGACAGCCGGCUUACGGGUCGUGUGUUAGGCUCUUGCGUUAUCAGCCGGGGCACCCAACGAGGAUAUAGUUCAAAACCACUUAACAUAGCAUUGUUGAACGUAUUUAAGUAUUCAAACAGUAGAUAUAGGCAUAUUUUUAUCCCCUAAAAACUUUUCAUCUGUUCGGAUUUCCUAGCUGAAAGUCUAGUGAUCCGAAAAUUAUAGGGAUAAAAACUUACCUUCUCGAAAAUUUCAGCCAGGAAAACGCUCCCGAAAAUUCUAGGUGGCCUUUUUUUAGGGUCAAAAUCCUUUAAAAAUGGGUAACUAUGCCAUUUUGUUGAUGUUCGACAAUCCUAGGAGAGGCAGGCAAGCAAGAAAUUUUACAACAAAUGCUCCGAAAAUUCUAGAUCUCAAAUGGUCUUUCGAACAGAUAUUUUCCCGAAAAUUGCCGUUGGGUGCCCCUGCGUUAUGAACGGUGCUACAAUUGUCCAAGGGCAACUUUGGAUUAUUCGAAUUUAUUAGCGCUUUCUUAGUUGACUAUUGUCCAUAAAUCUCAUGCUGUAUUCAUACCUUUUUCAUAAAUCAAUGUUAAGACACACGUACAUUACUACAAAGUUAAAAGUGAAACAUGCUUUACAAGAAUGAAACCCGAAGAAGAUUCACUUACGUGUCAAGCCACAGGCAUCCCAAACUCGCGUUCAUAUUGAAAAACGUUCGCUUUAACUCAGCAUAUUGUGGACAACACAAUAUUUCCGUUGUUGUGGACCUCAUGAUCCAAGGACGGCGACAGCAACGAAAAGGUGCCACGUCCCUUAAAAUGUUCUUUCCAUUUUCAUCACGAUUAUUUAAACUCACUUUAUCGAUCUGCUCUCGGAGUUAUUUCUACGAUUCCAAGUUCAGAAAGAGAAAGAAAAUUUUGUGUGGACUUGAUGACGUCCAAAACGUGAAAUGAGUUACGACCGCAGUAAGAAGAGGACAUCAAAACGCUUGUGUACGUGACAUGGCUAUUAUUGCUUGCGUGUUUUGUCGUAAUCUUCACUUAACGAUAUGGUUUCUGGUCUUUGACAAAUAAAUCUGUUUAAAAGUAAAGUGAAGUUUGUCGGAACUUUUGUUCGAGCAAGAUUAUUGUCACGCUUGUCGCACACGGUUUGCCACCUUCUUUCGUCUGCGGUCGUGUAACGUAAGUUCACUAAUUAAGCAUUUUCAUCCUCGUGGUCGACGUACAGCAUGGUCCUCUUCGAAGAGCAUUUCGUGACUCUGGCCCGAGCGCCUGUGUGCUGAGUUUUUGGUUUGAGUUUUAAUCUUUUGCCUUUUUGACGCUCUGGUUGCCGUCCGGUCGUCGUCGGAUCUUGAGGUCCCUUUAAACUCCCAAAUAAAAAAAUACUCGGCAGGAUCGGGGAUUUUAAUUCUUGUCUACCCAGGUAAUUCUCAAAGGAUUUCUCAUUUGAUAAAGCACGUUCUUUUACGAUUUUAUUAGCUAAAGGUAAUUACGUUUCACAUUUUUUUCUGCACCAGAAAAUUGCCGAGUACAAUGCUGAAGGUCAUUCUCAUCUCUUGGCCAUGAACCACCUCGGAGACCUGACUCAAGAUGAAUACCGUUUCUUUUAUCUGGGAAUGCGAAGCCACUUCUCCACUGAGACCAAGCAAAAUGGCUCUACUUAUCUGGAACCUAGACACGUGAUGCUUCCAUCUGAAGUUGAUUGGCGAAAGGAGGGUUACGUCACAGGUGUUAAAAAUCAAGGUAUGUUUUUGUAAACUUCAAAACAAAGGACUAUCUACCGACCUUUUAUUAUUUACAGUUGGCUACUCUAUUAUGACACGAGCCUGCGUGGCAGGCGCCGGCUAGUUUUUUGGUUAGUUUUUAAAGAGCGCGCGAGGGGAACACGCGAAGGGGAGAGGAGGAAUCCGCCCAAGGCCUCCAUUUCUCCCUUCACGCACGCGCGUGCGUCCUCGAAUUUUUCUAAACCAGCGCCUGCCACGCAGGGUACUAUAAUACUGAUUCAUGGUUUAAUACUGUUUCUCCUGACCUGUCCUUCAAAUAUAAUAAUUACGGUUGACAUGUAUUCCUCUGUUUCCCAGGUCAGUGCGGUUCUUGCUGGGCUUUCAGUACAACAGGAUCACUGGAAGGACAACACUUCAAGAAAACUGGAAAGCUUGUCUCUCUCAGUGAACAGAACCUUGUUGACUGCUCUGGAAGCUAUGGCAACCAUGGCUGCCAGGGAGGGCUUAUGGAUAACGCAUUCAAGUAUAUCAAAGCAAAUAAAGGAAUCGAUACUGAGGCAAGCUACCCGUAUCAGGGUAAGAACGAACCGUGCCGAUAUAAAGAUGGCGACAUUGGAGCUACAGACACUGGUAAGUGAUUCUUAAGCGUAAGUUUGUUUUUUUUUUGUAGACAAACGCGUUAGUUUUGACAUUGUUUUGAACAUGAUUGUAACAAAAAAUAACUUUCUUGCCUCUACGAUCUGGGAAGGGGAUUAAUUCGUAAGAGAUUUUAGCCUGCGUAGCAAAACUUUUCGCGCGAGGUUGCCUAGAAAGUUGGAAGUUUAGCAAAAAAUAGGGAGGAAGGGGGAGGGGAGACGAGGUUUUCUCUUGUCCCCUCCCCCGUCGAUCAGAAACAUUCACUUUGCAGGCUAAAAAAAAGUUUAAGAAGCGAUUUUAACUGAAACGAAGUGCAAAUUCCUUUAGAAAAAUUUUAAAGAAUAACUACUAGUGGUAAAACAACUGUCACAAGAAAAGUAGUGAUAAAAUUUAAACAAUGGUUGUUUUCGUUGAAUCCCUCAGGAUACGUAGACAUUCCCAAGGGAAACGAAACAGCUCUUCAGUCCGCUAGUGCCACAGUAGGCCCAAUCUCCGUCGCCAUAGACGCUGGUCACUUAUCAUUUCAGUUCUAUCACAGUGGAGUCUACAAUAACCCGUAAGUAGAAGAUUUUAAAAGUUAAAAGUUGUAUGUUUUUGUUAAACACCUUCUUUACUCGAGGAUGAAAACAGCGGAAACUGGAAUCGUCGUAUUUUUUUUUCCGCCCCGAGUCUUUCUGUCUAUAAAGUGGUGUUGCCCAAAAGGAUAUUACUAAUCUACGCUCUCCCCACCCCACAAAGCCACGAAUCCAUUCUUGUACGCCUUCUCGCGCGUACUCGACUUCACUCCUAAUAAAUUCACUCCGCUUUCAACUAGUAACCCUUAAAUACGGAAAAGCCCUUAGAAUCCACCACAUUGACGGAAACAUUUUAGAGCACAGGUUCUAGAAAUUCACAUGACACGUGCAAAGUGUAUUUCAUUCCAUAAGAAGCGAAAACACAGAGCGAUACGCGCAAGGAGAAAGGACAUUCGCGCACUAUAUGUGCUAAGCACUCGUUUGUUUUAUAAUCGUAGUACAGUGGAACCUCGAUAUAACGAAGGGCCACGGGACUGGCAAACUUCUUUCGCUAUAACGAGGUUUCGUUAUAUCGAGGUUCUUUUUCAUAUAUUCAACUAUAAACUGUACUACUAGGAGGAAAGAAAAUCGAUCGUUAUGCGGAGGACUUCAUUAUAUAGAGGUUCGUUAUACUGUGAAAGGUUUGAAUCCAAGAGUCAUUUCAAAAGUAGGUUGAGUUUGAUCGUCCAGGUGAACGUAGUCCUGAAUAGGACUGUUGUUGUUGACAGUGACUGACGUUUCGACAACCUGUGCGGUAGUCGACUCAACCUACUUUUAGAGGUUCGUUAUGUCGAGGUUUGAAGUUUGAAGUUUAUUAAUUCAUAAAUACAUAUCAGUUCGAAAACUGAAUUGCGUAUUUACGUUACAAAAAUUAAAUUACAGAUCUAAACAUUAACUAAUCUAUCUUAAUUAAAAGGAAUAAAAAAGCUAACAACAGAUGAGAUACGAAAAAAAGUUAUCGAAAUACAAGCUGCGAAAUUCGAAAACUCUAACCUAGAAGUUAGUUGCUUUAAGACGUGAAAAGAUAAUAAAGCUAUUCUUAAAACGGUCGGUUUUAAAACGUGGUAUUUUAAAAGGUUGCGCACGCCUUUAAGUUAAUGAAUAAGUAGAUUCGUGUGGUGCAGGUAAUAACUUAUAAAGGCGGUAAUUGUUGUCAUUUACAAUUGUGUGAAAAAGUAGCUCACAAAUUUCGUCAUGAUGGGUUGCUAAUUCCUUAAAGGUCAUAAUAACAGGAGCCUCGUGAUAGCUAACAACGGGCCAGAUGAUGGACAUUGCUCUCUACAUUGUAUACUGGUUCUACUGUGUAUACUCGAGCAAAUAAUUUCACUUUCCAAGUGAAUUAUCUUAUUUCAUCUUUCAUCUACUUUCAGGACCUGCAGCAGCACUAGACUUGACCAUGGUGUUCUUGUCGUUGGAUAUGGAACAUAUGAAGGGAAGGAUUACUGGCUGGUCAAAAAUUCCUGGGGGACCCACUGGGGAAUGGAAGGCUACAUCAUGAUGUCGAGGAACAAGAAUAAUCAAUGUGGGAUAGCCACAGACGCCAGCUAUCCUCUUGUUUAAAACCAACGCUGCUCAGUGGAGUAUUUUACGAGCAUCUGAAUAUCUAUCAUUUACAAUUUCACGGAUAGUGAAGACACGGAGCUAAAUUCCCUAAAUACACCGAGACAAAAACGUCUAUCAACUUUGUUGAUAUGUAAUAUACUGAGUGUAUUAUUAAAGAACAUUAUGAG